AUUGGGAGGGAUUCAGAAGCACAUAGCGAAUCUGCAGCAUCUGCACAUUGUCAUCAUCAUCAGUUUGGAUUAGUGUUCACAAUUAAUCUGCCUCCUGUGAGUAGCAUUGGACUCAUUAGCACAAACACACUUAGUGUCAUUUGCUAACACUUGCACACCCUCUGUAAUAAUAGCAGCACUUCUCUCUAAUAAUAAUAAUAAUAACUUUUAUGUACAAGGCGCCAUAAUUUGUAUGAAUAGGCACGUGUCAAAAUAAUAGAGUAUAAGUACAAUGCACAAAGUUAAAGGACAGAAGAAGACAAGGCUAGGGAAGAAUAACAGGGAUGAAGGCUGUAGCUGUGAGACCUUACAUACCCAGGGGUCUAUUUACUAAGCCUUGGAGAGAGAUAAAGUGGAGAGAGAUAAAGUACCAGCCAGUCAUCUCCAAACUGCCAUGUUACAGGUUGUGUUUGAAAAAUAACAGGUAGGAGUUGGUUGGUUGGUUGGUACUUUAAGGGGUAUAUGCAAUUGCGGUCGAAUUCCAGAAAAAGUCGAAUUCCGGAACGAAUUUGCCUCAAAAAAACAAUUCGCCUAUGCAGUACAGUACUUUAUCGCAAAAAAACGGACAUUCAAAAUUCGACUUUUGUCAAUUCGACUUUUUUCGCAUUCGACUUUUCUGCAAUGGUAUAGAUGCUGCAAUUCGCCCAAAGCAUAUUCAAUUCAAGUUUGGAAAUUCGCCUGCAGUGCUUUUCGACCGCAAAUUCGCCUAUUUUAGUCCGCCUCAGUUGACUGGCGGGAUCUAAAAAAAAAUUUUUAGUACAUGUUUUUUUUGGAUAUUUGAGGAUUGCUAGUAGCAUAUCUAUUUAUAUUUGAAAGGAUUAUCUACUUGGUUUGUCUUUUUUUGCUUCACAAGUAUUAUUUAAUUGAUUUUUUAAAGGAAUAUUUUUUUCUUCAAUCUCCUGAGGGAAAUUUACCCAUGAUUCCACAGUUUUUCCCAGGAUACACUUCUGCAAAGCCCCUCCUAUCUCCUCACUCCCAGGUUUGAGACUACAGGGAGAAGGAGCCAUUUUACAGUCAGCUCUGUGGAAUCGUUUUUUUAGGAAAAUUCCUGCGUUUUAAAACACAUUCUUAUUUUUGUACUGACUACAAUGAUGGAGCCUUUUUCUGACCAGAUUGUGAUGUUCAUGCUGGCUGCAAGCAUGAUGGAGGAAGAAAGUGCUGAUGAACAUCAGGAUCCAGGUCAGCAAAUGUCUGCAUUGGGUGAGCCAGUAUUGCGGGUUUCAUUUCCACGUCCACGCCAGUAUCGCACUAGGCGUGAACUGGAGGAUCUCAGCGAGUUCGAGGUGAUACAAAAUUAUCGCUUAUCGACUCGCGACAUAUAUUCGCUGUACGCUCUGUUGGAGGCCGACUUGGAACCUCGGGCACGGACAAAUCGUGCAAUCAGCGGUUUUCAGAAACUGCUGGGGACGUUACAUUUUUUGGCGUCAGGCACAUUCCAGCCUACACUGUCUCAAACAUGCGGUUUUUCACAGUCGACACUGUCGCGCUGUAUAACCCAGGUCAUUAGGGCUUUCCGCAAAUUGACGAUCCAGUACAUCACAUUUCCAGAGACGGACAGCGAAUGUCGUGAGAUCAAAUUAGGCUUUUUCAACAAAUACAAAUUUCCCAAUGUGCUGGGCGCGAAUGACUGUACCCACGUGCAGAUCAGACCGCCACGGAAUUCAGAGGAAUGUUUUCGGAACCGAAAACAGUUCCAUUCCCUGAACGUGCAGGCGGUCUGUGAUGUAAACAUGAGAUUUUUGAACAUUUUUGUGGGAUUUCCUGGAUCAUCUCACGACUCCUUCAUCCUAAGCCAGUCAUCGCUGUUUGACAAGUUUGAAACAGGAAACAUGCCUGGUGGCUGGCUGUUAGGCGAUGCGGGUUAUCCAAACAAACCGUGGCUGUUGACCCCAUUGUCUAAUCCUGUUGGUAGAGCAGAAAAACGUUACCAAGAGACACACAUUGCAUCGAGGGGAGUAAUUGAGCGUGCCUUCGGUGUACUUAAAAGCCGGUUUCGAUGUUUAGACACUUCCGGCGGUGCUCUUUUGUACUCACCGUCGAAGGUUUGCGGCAUGGUAAAUGCAUGUUGUAUUUUACACAACAUAUGUGUCGCAAACCGUUUGCCGGUGACUCUUCGUCGCAGUGCUUUCCGACGCGGGAACCGGUCUUCUGCUCUACCGGUGGGUAUGGACGAAGGAGAGGAUUCCCGGCGGACAUUGAUCCAAAAUUAUUUUGCAGUUGCCUAGUUUUACAUCCUGUUGAUGUAUAUCCCCAGGCCAUGUUUGUACAGUUCGUUACCCCGUUUUAUCCUGUUGUUGGGUUCCCGCAAAUAUUUGAUCCUUUUAUCCAACUCUACCAUGGGUGAACCUACUGGUGAUGUGGACCUGACCCUCCGCCAUGUAGCAGACAACCCCCCCUCAGGUGAGAUGUAUUGCCCAA